AUGCCCUAUGAAAUUUUGAACUGGAUCUUGAAAUGCCCUGGGAAAUGGCAGAAAAGAAAUGGAGACAGGAGGAUGCAUCUUGUAUAUGAACAAAAAUGUCUUCGCAUUUUCGUGUGGCAGACAUGAUCUAUUGCAAACUUUGUUCUAUCAGACACUGUUCUUUGUUUUUCAGACAUUGAACUUGACAUGAAUGGGAUGGCAUCAGAUCAUAAUACUUCCUCCCAAGAAGAAUACCUCCCACACUAUCUCCAGAAGGAAGACCCCUUUGCAUCAAAGCUUUCUAAAGAAGCUGACAUCAUAGCUGGGUUUUAUUUGACAGUAAUUGGGAUUCUUUCAACUCUGGGAAAUGGCUAUGUUAUUUUUAUGUCCUCAAAGCGAAAAAAGAAGUUGAGACCUGCUGAGAUAAUGACUGUUAAUUUAGCAGUGUGUGAUCUGGGCAUUUCAGUUGUAGGAAAACCCUUUAGUAUCAUUUCCUUCUUUUCUCACCGCUGGGUGUUUGGAUGGAUGGGCUGCCGCUGGUAUGGAUGGGCUGGUUUCUUCUUUGGUUGUGGGAGCCUCAUUACCAUGACAGCUGUCAGCCUGGAUAGAUACCUAAAAAUCUGCCACUUGUCAUAUGGUACCUGGCUUAAGAGACAUCACGCAUUCAUCUGUCUGGCAGUAAUCUGGGGCUAUGCGACAUUCUGGGCUACAGUGCCUUUCACUGGUGUGGGGAGCUAUGCCCCUGAGCCAUUUGGCACUUCCUGCACUCUGGACUGGUGGCUGGCACAAGCUUCAGUGGCUGGACAGGCUUUUAUUCUGAGCAUUCUUUUCUUUUGCCUCCUGUUCCCAACUGCUGUGAUUUUGUUUUCUUAUGUCAAAAUAAUUUUAAAAGUCAAAUCAUCCACCAAAGAGGUUGCUCACUAUGAUACCAGGAUUCAGAAUAGCAACAUACUUGAAAUGAAGCUGACCAAGGUGGCAAUGUUGAUCUGUGCAGGGUUCCUCAUUGCCUGGAUCCCAUACGCUGUGGUCUCUGUGUGGUCAGCCUUUGGGCAGCCUGAUUCAGUUCCCAUUCAGUUUUCAGUGGUACCAACUUUGCUUGCAAAGUCAGCAGCCAUGUACAACCCAAUUAUUUACCAGGUCAUUGAUUGUAAGUUUGCCUGCUGCCGAUCACGAGGGUUGAAGAAGAGCUCUUUGAAGAAAUCAAGGAUGUAUACCAUAUCUGCACAUAGAGACUCGACAGCAAUGAAUGAAACCCAACUGGAAGUAUGAAGGCUCAUUUCGCAUAUAGUGAAUGAAAACCUGAUGACAAGCAA